AUGGAGGCAGAAUUAGAAACAUACCAGGUGCAGCUCUCACAAGUCGAGCUCGCCCUCACCUCAGAUCCGGACAACUCUGAGCUCAAGUCGCUCCGGUCCGAGCUGAAGGAGCUCAUCGGCCUCACGAAGGCGACCAUAUCCCAGCAGGAGGUCGCAGCGUCCUCGUCGAAGAGCGAGAACCGCAAGGCGGCUGUGGCUGCGGCGUCCGCGAAGACGUUCGCGGCGGGCGACGAGUGCCUCGCGAAGUACUCGGGCGACGGCCAGUGGUACCCUGCGCGCAUCACGUCCGUGGGCGGCUCGAGCGGCAACUGGGCGUACAGCGUUACGUUCAAGGGCUACAAUUCGACGGAAAUGGUGAACUCGUCCCAGCUCAAGGCGCCGCCCGCGAACUACCAGCCUGCGCCGACGUCGUCGGCGAAGCGGAAGCUGAACGCGCUGGAGGAGGAGGAGAAGGAGCGGAAGAAGAAGAAGAACGAGAAGAAGGUGGAGACGAGGGCGGCGAAGGCCAAGGAGCAAAUGGCGAAGCAGGCGACUUGGCAGAAGUUCGCGAAGAAGUCGGAGAAGAAGGGGAUACACAUCGCUGGUGUGUCGGGGACGAGUAUCUUCAAGACGCCAGAGAAUCCGCUAGGAAGAGUUGGAGUGACCGGUAGCGGCAAGGGUAUGACAGAGGUGGCUCCUCGAGCGAAGCACAAGUUCGAGGCGAAAGAUGAAACUGCUUGA